AUAAAUUCACACAUUGGUGAUGAGUUCGAUUGUCUCUAUCUUUAUUUGAUUCGUAAUUAAAAUAUUAGCAAUGUUUAUGUGGUUAAUUUUAAUUAUUAUAUUCCUCAUUGCGUUGAAUCUGUUAAUGAAAAAUGAAAGUUUUGAUAAAAUUCCUGGACCACGUGGGCUUUUCUUAUUGCAAAAUUCCUUAGAUUUUCUUACGGACUCAGCUACAACAUUCCGAUAUUUCACGGAGCUAUGUAAUAAAUAUAAAAAAAUAUUUCGAGUGAAAUUGGGUUUUGAGAAAAUUGUUAUUCUUCACAAUCCUGAAGACGUAGAGAUUCUCAUAUCUGGGACCAAGUAUAAUAAAAAAGGAUUUUUGUACGGUUUCAUACAGCCAUGGCUUCAAGAUGGCUUGCUUCUGAGCAAUGGAGAAAAAUGGCAUGAGCGGCGGAAAAUUUUAACACCAGCUUUCCAUUUUAACAUUUUGCGCAGCUUCAACACAAUUCUGGUUGAAAACUCCGCUAAACUUGUGCAACGAAUCAAAUUUGAGACAGAAAAGCCCCAAACUGAUAUUAUGGAUAUAGUAACUGAUUUUACAUUAAAAUCUGUAUGUGAAACCGCCAUGGGAACCAAGUUAGAUGAAGAAACAUCAGAGUUCGCCAAAACUUACAAAAAUGCCAUACACGAAUUGGGAUCAAUUGUUUGCCAUCGAGCCCAAAGGGUUUGGAUGUAUUCUAAUUUCGUGUUUCGACUCUCACAUUUUGGAAGACGUCAAAAAAGGAUUCUAGACAUGACUAGUUCAUUUAGAAACAAGGUUAUCCAAAAACGUAGAGUGGAUUUCGUUGAUACGAAAAAAGAAAUUGAUAAAUAUGAUGAAGACCAAAAUCUUUAUGGGAAAAAGAGAUUAGCAAUGUUAGACAUAUUAUUACAAGCUGAGAAAAAUGGCACUAUUAACAGUAAUGGUAUAGAUGAAGAAGUGGACACUUUUAUGUUUGAGGGCCACGACACCACAGCUACAGCACUUCAAUAUACUUUUAUGAUUUUGGCUAACCAUCAAGAUAUUCAGAAUAAAAUAGUAGAAGAAACGAAUCAAAUUCUCACCUCCGACCAAACUCCGACAAUAAAUGAUUUAUCACAAAUGAAAUAUUUGGAAUGUUGCAUUAAAGAGAGUUUAAGAAUGUUUCCACCAGUUUUCUUCAUUUCUAGAAGAAUUGAGAAACCACUUAAGUUAGCUACUUUUGAAUGCCCAGCUGGUUCAGAUGUGAACAUAAUGAUUCGAGAACUACACCACGACUGUCAGCAGUUUAGAGAACCUUUUGAAUUUAUACCAGAAAGAUUUAUGAAGAAACCAACUUGGCACCAGUACGCUUACAUCCCAUUUAGCGCUGGACCAAGGAAUUGUAUUGGUCAAAAAUUUGCUAUGAUGGAGAUGAAAAUUGCUUUAUCCACGGUGCUACGACGUUAUAGAGUCCUACCGAUUACAAAACCAGACGACAUAAUCUAUCUUGCCGACUUUAUCCUACGCCCUAAGGAACCAAUUUUAGUCAAAUUUGAAAAAACCAAAAUGUAUUUUUCUGUGUAUUUCAUUAUUGGAAUAUUGUGUGUUUUGCAUAUUGUAUUUAAUUACAAUAAAACCGCAAGGAUGAUGAGAAAAAUUCCAGGAUUUCGAUUUAAUUUUAUAGUUGGGAACGCAUUAGAAAUAUUAGUGACAUCAGAGGUAUUAUUCGCUAAGGCAAGGGUUUGGGCAUCACGAUUUCAUGGCAUAUAUGGAUUUUAUGUGUAUCCAAAUAGUUGUAUUAAUAUAUACAAUGCCGAAGAUGUUAAAAUAGUACUUUCUUCUUUCAAAUAUCAUCAGAAAAGUAUGAUUUACACGUUAUUGAGACCUUGGCUACAAAAUGGGCUUCUCGUCAGCAAAGGAUCACAAUGGCAAGAACGCAGAAAAAUUCUUACACCAACAUUCCAUUUUAAUAUCUUAAAAACAUACUACCCUGCUAUGGUGGACAGUACGGCACGUCUUUUGGAAGUAUUAGAUAAAACAAAUGAAAAAGCAACGGAUAUACCCUCUGUCAUAUCGGAAUUUACUUUGACAACCAUUUGCGAAACUGCGAUGGGAACAAAGCUACACGAGGAUGCUGGCGGCAAAAAGUACAAGGACGCUAUCCACGAUAUAAAGAAUGUAUUGUUUCAUAGAUUCGUUUACAUACCACUUGCUAUAGACUUUAUAUUUCGUUUAACGCCUUUAUACAAACGCCAUACAAAAUCCCUAUCCACCAUUCGUAACUUUACUCAGAACGUAAUAAAAAAUAGAAAGGAACGGCUUAAAGAUAUUUCACAAACGAAUGUUGUAACUAACGAUACUGAUAAGGAUUUACACUAUGGGAAAAUCCGGACAGCAUUUUUAGACUUCUUAAUAUCAGCACAAAAGGAAGGAUUAACGGAUGAUGUUGGCAUUCAAGAAGAAGUGGACACUUUUAUGUUCGAAGGUCACGAUACCGUAUCAUCUGCUAUAACGUUUUGUCUACUAUUGUUAGCAGAGAAUAAAGCGAUACAGAACAGAGUAGUAGACGAACUACAAACAAUAUUUCUUGGAGAUACAAGAACCGCUACAUUGGAAGAUUUAUCGUCAAUGCACUAUCUUGAAUGCUGCAUUAAAGAAAGCAUGAGGUUGUAUCCACCGGUGCCAUUUAUCAGUAGAAAACUACCAGAAGCCGUCACAUUAAGUAACUACGUGGUGCCCAAAGGAUCGAUGUGCCACAUACAUAUCUUUGACCUCCAUCGGCAAGAAAGUUUAUUUGAGAAUUCUUUAAAAUUUGAUCCAGAUCGGUUCCUGCCGGAAAACAGUAUCGGUAGGCACCCAUACGCCUAUAUCGCGUUUAGUGCUGGGCCAAGAAAUUGUAUUGGUCAAAAAUUUGCCAUGAUGGAGAUGAAGUUAGUUUUAUCAUCCAUACUUAGAAGAUUUGAAAUUAAUCCCGCCACGAAAUGUGAAGAUUUGAAGUUUACAGCUGAUAUAAUUUUAAAGAAUUCAAAACCGAUAAAGAUGAAGUUCAUCCGAAGGCUUGGCGUGAGAAUAGGAUCUGAUGAUUUAUUAUGGAGAUAUAAUUAUAAUGAUAAAAGCACAAUCGAAGUGGGCAUUGUUUACGAGACGCGUAUAAAGUACGUUGUAAUCGAUGUAAACCAAUUUCUUGUAUUUAAAAUGUUAACAAUUAUAUUAUUUACAUUAGUGGGGAUAUUAUGUUUAGUGGAAUUGUUCGUCAACUAUAAUGAAAACGCUAGAAUUAUACGGAAAAUUCCAGGCUUUAAAAAUGUGUUUUUUUUUGGAAAUUCCACUGUUGUUUUUGGAAUGGAUUCAGUCGGGUUGUUCAAGUUUGGCAGGGAAUGUGCUAAAAAAUUCAAUGGAAUUUAUAGAUUCUACAGUUUAUCCAUAGCAGCAGUUAAUGUUUUUAAUCCCAGUGACGCAGAGAUUGUCAUGUCAACUAUGAAGCAUCAUGAGAAAAGUGUUAUUUAUAAAUUUUUCAAACCGUGGCUUCAUGAAGGUUUAUUAGUAAGCAAAGGAUCAAAAUGGCAAGAACGAAGAAAAAUUCUUACAUCAGCAUUUCAUUUCAACAUUUUGCGCAAAUAUUUCCUAAUAAUUGAAGAAAAUAGCCAGAAGCUGGUGAAUGUAAUAGACGAAAACAGUGGGGAAUCCGUCGAUAUCGUUCCAAUAUUGAGCGAAUACACCCUUAACUCUAUAAGUGAAAGUGCAAUGGGGGUAGAGCUUGACAAAGACCCCAUGUAUUCAGGACUUACUUAUAAGAACGCAGUAUACGAAACAAUUAAAAUUUUUGUUUAUCGUUUCAUGCGAAUUUACCUCUAUCCAGACUUUUUGUUUAACCUGAGUCCUAGUGGCAUCAAACAGGAGCGAUAUUUAUCGAUCAUUCAUACGUUUAUCAGAAAUGUUAUCAAUAAAAGGAAAAAAAUUCAAAAUAAUGAAAUAGAAAGCGACUCCAUAGCUGACAAUGAUCAUUACGCUUAUAAGAAGAAAAGACGAGCAGCUAUGUUAGAUUUGCUAAUCUCGGCUGAGAAGGAAGGACUUAUUAACGAUGAUGGGAUUUUAGAAGAAGUUAACACUUUCAUGUUUGAGGGUCAUGAUACAACAGCGGCCGGUUUGACAUUGUGCUUACUGACAUUAGCCGAGAAUCAAGAUGUUCAGGAAAAAGUUUAUCAAGAAUUGCAAAGUAUAUUUAACGGAAGGGAAGAUGUUACAUUAGAAGAUUUAACAAUGAUGAAUUAUUUGGAGCGAUGCAUUAAAGAAAGUAUGCGAUUAUACCCGCCUGUUCCGUUUAUUAGUCGCACUUUAACUGAAACAGUUAAAUUGAGUAACUACACGGUGCCUGUGGGAACUAUGUGUCACAUUCACAUAUACGAUAUGCAUCGCCAGGAAAGCUUAUUCAAGAACGCUGAAAAAUUCGACCCUGACCGUUUUCUGCCUGAAAACAGUGUUGGACGACAUCCUUACUCAUAUAUCCCCUUCAGUGCAGGACCUAGAAAUUGUAUAGGUCAAAAGUUCGCAAUGAUGGAAAUGAAGUCGGCGCUGUCAGCUUUAUUGAAAAAUUACAAGCUGUUACCAGUUACAACAUCGAAAGAUCUUGAGUUCACAGCUGAUUUAGUUUUACGAAAUUCAAAACCUAUAUACCUUAAGUUUAUUAAACGACAUUGAUGUUUUAACAGAUUGCUAUAGAUUAUAUCAGAUUGUUAAAACCUAAGUAUAGAAACCGGCAAACAUCUUGACGUUUGUGUCCCGCGCUGUGUACGAUGCGCAAACUUUCCCCCCACUCCCUUGUUUAAUGCUUAAGAAGUUUGCCGGUAUCUGUACCUAAUGUAAUCAUACUUAUUACCAAGCUUUUUUAGUACACAUUUAAAUAAAG